UCGAGAUAACGAGCAGCUCCCUACCUAUAUGAUGUCCCAUAUUCCCUAACCUACCUACGGCGGAGCCUGCGUUCCGUGCAGCCGCAUUGACGGUAAACACAAGAAAGGUAGCCGGCGCAUGAGCAGCAGCCAGGGGAACAUUAUUCCACAUCGCAUCACAAGCGGUUCAUGGCGUCUUCGCAAGCGAUGCACUGCUUCUCAAAGCGAUGAUUUUGAUAAAAGCCUGAAUUCUCACAAUGGUGUUUGCUCUUUAAAUUCAACCUGCAGGAGAAAUCGCAAGGUCUUUUGUCGUUUGCAGAGAAAAGACUAUGGGUUCGGGCGCCUCCGAUCCCUGGCUAAUCUCACCAAAUAUUGUCACAAUUGAAAAUAUUUCACUGGAUCCGCACAUGCGGCAUUUGGAAUACCUCUACUGGACGACCUCGACUAAAAACACAACCAGAUAUGGAGUGAUUUCAUGAACGCCAACCAACCGCGGGGAUGUAAGAAGAACUGUGACGUAUUGGGAUCUACACAACUUGCACAAGAUAUCACAGAAGCAGAGAUUAAAAACAACUGACGUUUUUGUCUGCGUGGACAUCAGCAUAUCACCAGAGUAUGCCAUCUGCACCCAUCCUCAGAGUUCUAAGACCCCUCUUGCUCGGAACCUUUCUGCUAGGAUGUUUCGUGACGUUGUUUUUAAUGUACCUCAAACCCUCCACGAGUUGGCUGUCGGGUCCCGUCGAUUCGGAGACGUCGACGAUACGCGCCAAGGGCCUCCUGUCCAACCGCAGCCAGCAGAAUCAGACCACCAUCCUGGUGUGGCUCUGGCCCUUCGGCCAGACGUACGACCUCGGCGUCUGCAGCUCCCUGUUCAACAUCGAGGGCUGCCACGUGACGGCGGACAGGAACCUGUACAACAAGUCCGACGGCGUGGUCAUCCACCACAGGGACAUCUCCAGUGACCUGUCCAACAUGCCGCCGCUCUACCGGCCGGCGUUGCAGAAGUGGGUGUGGAUGAACCUGGAGUCUCCGUCCCACUCCUCCCAGUUGCCUGGCAUCGAGAACCUGUUUAACCUGACUCUGAAUUACCGCCAAGAUGCCGACAUCGAAGUGCCUUACGGGUCCAUCGUCGCCAACCAGGGAGACGAGGAGUUUGUGCCGCCGAGCAAGACCAAGCUGGUGUGCUGGAUUGUGAGCAACUGGAAUCCAGACCAUGUCAGAGUCAAGUACUACAACGACUUGUACAAACACAUCGAGGUUCAUGCCUACGGACAGGCUUUUGGGGAAUACUUGUCCGACCAAGAUUACUUUCCCACCAUUGCCAGCUGUAAGUUUUAUCUCUCGUUUGAGAAUUCCAUCCACAAGGACUACAUCACGGAGAAGCUCUACAACCCCCUGUCCGUGGGGACGGUUCCGGUGGUGCUGGGUCCGGCCCGGGACAACUACCAGAACUUCAUCCAAGGAGACGCGUUCAUUCACGUGGACGACUUCCCCUCGCCCAAAGAGCUGGCCGAGUUCCUUCUGCUCUUGGACAAGAACGAGGAGAUGUACCUGAGGUACUUUGACUGGCGCAAGCACUUCAAGGUGAAGAAGGCGUACUUCUGGGCCGAGCACACUUGCCUCGCCUGCGACUACAUCCGAAGGCACAACGAGUACAAGACUUUCAACAACCUGGACAAAUGGUACUGGGGUUGAUUCAGGCCUGGAUCCAUCCCUCGUUGUGGGUGGCCAAGGUGAAGGUGUCUUACUGGAGUGAAGAACUUGACCAUUAUUUAUUAUGACACACUCCGGAGAGUGGAUCCAUGGGGGUUUCUUUGUGCAAUUGGCUCAGAGUGAUGCAUUUUCUUUAUGAUUUAGAACCAAAAUGGGUCAGCCUUAGGAGUUUAGUUUUUUUUAUAUACUUUAAUUGAUAUGGCACUGUAAUGUUUUCCUUUUCUGGUCGAAAUGUGAAUAUGGGAUCCAUACGCGGAGAAGUCCCGUUAUAAAAAAGAAUUGAUGUGAUGCUGUCGAGAUUUAAAAGAAAUAUGAACAUAUAAUUGUUAUAAGGACAAUAUUUAUACAAUAUAUUAUUUAUUUUACUUUGGCAUUGUACCAUAAAAUGUUUAUUGAUAUUAGUGAUGCUGUCAUCUAUGCAGUGUUUACACAAUUCGGUGAACAUAGUGCAUCUACUGUAAAAUAUGUGUGUACAGUAACUAUUUUUUGAGAAUUAUUUUCCAUAUUUUUGUAUGGAUGUACUUGCACAGGCUGCUCCCUGGUAGACUCCCUUGGUCAUGUGAGAAUGAUAGUCUAUUUUUGAACACUGACUCCUCUGUCUACUGUAGAUGAAAAUGUUUGUUUCAUGUGACAGACACGGUACACAAUGACAAUUAUCAGUAUCUUUUUAAUUAGGCAAUAUAUUACAUCUUGUGUCAUGAGGUGCAGCUUAGAAAUCCAACACUUUGGUGAAAUUAUUGUAUUUUUUCUUAUUUUAUUUUUUUCAAAAGAAACCGAAGACGGUAAAAUGCGAGCACAAAUUUAGCAUGAUGUGUACAUGAGGAGGCCUCUCUGGGUGGACAGGGCACACA